AGCAACGCGCAUUUCGAAUCUGUCUCACAAAAUGGUUUUAUACACUUCGUUUCCCUACAAAGGAAACAACACCUUCUAUCAUGUUGGAUGCACUGGCGUUUCUUACGCUGGUCUUAUUCAGAAAAACGGAAUUUUCCGUUCCUAUGCCGAAAAGCGACGGACAAAGUUAUGUCAAGAAAACGUGGGAAACAUUAUUUGCACAGAAACUGAGAUUUCCAGAAAAGAAAAGGCAUUUGCCAAUGGGAGUUCGUGUUAAGUUAGGUUUGGUAAAACCUGAGAAAAUUGCCUCAACAGAUGCUGAUCACAAACCAAACGGAACAAAUUCAUCUGAUCAAUGCAAACAAGUUCUUGACACAAAAGCUCUAAGCGACGGACAAAGUAAUGUCGAGAAAACGUGUGAAACAUUAUUUACACAGAAACUGAGAUUUCCAGAAAAGAAAAGGUAUUUGCCAAUGGGAAUUCGUGUUGAGUUAGGGUUGGUAAACCCUGAGAAAAUUGCCACGGCAGAUGCUGAUCACAAAACGAACGGAACAAAUUCAUCUGAUCAAUGCAAAAAGCUCUUGACACAAAAGCUCUAAGCGACGGACAAAGUUAUGUCACGAAAACGUAAGAAGCAUUAUUUACACAGAAACUUAGAUUUCCAGAAACGAAAAGGUAUUUGCCGAUGGGAGUUCGUGUUGUGUUAGGGUUGGUAAACCAAUGUCGGAUUAGUGUGUGGACUUCAUAUUACAAACGCGCGGUUGCACUUUACUGAAAAAAUACUUAUUUUAAUUUGUUUAAAAAGAUCAUGAAACUUAGGUUCAUGUUGGCUGCGACAAAUGUUCCGGUGUUAGGAUCAAUGAAAAUCUGAUUGACGCACCUUGGCACGCUAUUAGUUAGCACUUGCUAUCAUCAUUAUGACGUAAAUGUGAACAAUGAGCUUUUGUACAUUAAAAUCUUAUAGCUCGCCAAAAUUAAUAUUCCACCGACCUUUAUACAUGAAUGUAUUUACCAAGCAUACGUUAGUGCCCGUACAGGAAGCGAUUUUAAUCGAUUUAAGCGUGUCUAACUUAAAGUAAAAUGUUUAUGCUAAUGUAGUUUACCAGUGCCAUGGUAUCGAUAAUAACAAAUGAUCUAGUUGUACCUGGCUACAAAACGUUCUAAUUUUGCGACGCAUAUGGGUAUUGGCAUCGGUCAAUUUCAGACAUAUUCGGAAACCACAGUAUAUAAUUGAUUACCAAUAAAUUAUUUAAGAAUCAUAUCGGAUUAGAGCGAAAUGGGUUGCGAUGAUGAAAUUGAAAUGGCGAAAGUCAAAAUGCGAUAGGCCAAUUCUAUUGCCUAUCAAAAAGAUUAACAUUAAAUUUGCACGAACUCAGAUCUAGAAUAUUUUGUAUUCACAUCAAAACCAACAGGAAUGAAACAUCAGAAGCGGUACAGUGCAAUGAUCGACUCCCCGCUGCAAGCCGGGAUGUUGAUACACAUGGAGCUUAGAAUAUAUGACAUGGCAAGGUUCUAACAUUACACGUACAUCUGGCUGUCUCAAGAACUGUGUACUGACUUACUCGAUGUGCUGAAAUUACCUUUUCAGAGAUGUUGGCACCAAUAUCAAUGUAGUUUGACAUGUACAUCCCUGAUUUUAAUGAUCUGCAUAGUAUCAUAAAAUGUUAUUAGUACAAUGUAAAAUUAUUACUUUGCCAGUAUUAAAAAAAUACAUGAAUUUCAACCGCUUAGCCAUUUAAACUAGUAGAUUGAGAAUGAUACAUGAAUGCAGGAUACCAUUUAAUUUAAUAAUUUUAACAGUGUCAUUUCACAGAGGCAUCACCUUAUUCUAAGCACAAAGCUGAUGCCGACAUAUCUACUCGUAUAAGUUGAAGAACCAAAAAUAUGUAUAUUCAUCGAUAUACCGAUCCGCAUAAAGUGUUGAUUUACCAAUGGCAUACAUCCUUUAUCUAUCCUACACAACAAUCAUAGUGAACCAGUUUUUCAGAUUAUUAUUUAUAACUUUUUGUAGACAAGACAUAAGGUUUUUAUAUUUUGUUUAGUUAAUUUAUUUCUAACAAAUGAGAAAAAAAAUCCAGUUAUUCAUUUCGAUUUCUGGCAGGAUUAAUUGAAUAUUGGUAAAUGCCCAUUCAGGUUGAAAUUUGGGUUAGGCAUUUACGCCGAAAAACUUAACCAUAUAAAGGAGAUCCGGUGGAGGUGGGUAUUAAACAAUAUCUGGAGAAUAGGUCACACAUCAUAUCGCCCCAUUGGUGCAAAAAGGGACCAUGUGCCUUCUAAUUUCAAUGUCACCUGGUACCUUUUUGCACCAAUGGGGCGAUAUAUAAAUUCUAAUGUUUUUCAUUUUUACGCAUCCACUUUCAUGUUCAAGACGCUAUGUUUAAAAAACGUGCGACAACAUCAUGCUUAGUGACUCGGGUUAGUAAAGCCAGUCCGGGUGUGUACACAACGGACCUUUACUACUGAAUAUAGUACAUAGGUAUGGCCAACGUGUUUCAUGUAUCCAAUUAAAAAAAAAAACAACAUAUUCACUAAUCGGUGUUACAAGUCCAUUAUUAAAACCCCGAUCUCUGCUUUGUUCAAUCAAUUUAUAUCGGACCGAUUCAAAAAGCGUUUAAAGAGGGUCAUCCCAGGAUCGUUCCAGUGAACUUUCAUUACUGGUAAGCGGUUCAGGAGUAAAAUUCAAUCGACGAAAAAUAUAACGGGCUCACAGCGUUACGGACGAAGGACAACACGGUAACCUAAAGCUCCACAUGGCCGUUAUGUGCUCAAGUGGGUUUAAAUAUCGAGCAUAAAUACAGAAAACAAUUUAUGCGAGUAAUGCUAAUACAAUUAGUAAGAAAAGCGUGUAAACAUUUAUCUGUAUCUUGGUACGAGAUCUUUUCUUGCCAUAAAAUAGUGAUCGUCAGGCAUUACGAAAACUUAAUGUGGCAACAAACUUAGGUAUAAUACUUUUUUUUCACACAUAAAAGAUAUACUUUGGGAAAAUUGCACUAGGUUCCGUUAGCACUAAAUAUCCUCUUGUUUCAAUUGCGGACCCAGUUCAUGUUUCAGAUCACGAUCGUGAUGACUGUUUCUUAACAAGUGUCAAUUAGGUAAGACCACUGGCAUUCGUGUCAUGCUUUCAAGUCUAUAAACCAAUCAGUUUGUAUCCUGAGCUUUCAGUGACAACACAUAUCCAACGUAUCAUGCAGCUGAACGCGAUGUUAGUUAUUGCGGGUGUUAUGAUAGCGAACAUUUUGGCUGAGGACACGAAACGCUUGGUGCUACAUAGCGACGCGGACACGGCGGCUGAAAUCAUUCAACUUAAGCAGCUUGUUCAAGAAAUGGCAGCAAAACAGUCAGAUCUGGCGGAUCGUUUAGACCGAUUAACGUCCAAGACAAGUGGAGGGUUCACCUAUAUCUGCUGGGGACGAACAACUUGCAACGAAGGCAAUGCUUCCUUAGUCUACCCAGGAUACAUGGCAGGAACACACUAUGUCAAGACUAGCAUUGGUGCCGGAGCAAACUAUCUGUGCCUAUCAAACUCGCCGCAGUGGGUUUACUCUACAACGUCAGAAGAUAACUCCGUGUCUUUUAACAGUGUAGAAAAUGACUUCUGGCCCCACCAAAACAGUGACACAGUUCAAUUCCUAGGUCGUAACGUAAUUGGCCACCAAGUACCAUGCGCUGUCUGCGCAACCUCAACUAUUCAGCAACCUCUCUCAUGAUACCUGAUAGGACGGAAUGCUAUCCGGGCUGGAACAAGGAAUACAGCGGCUACAUUGGGAGCGGAUACGCGGCAUAUGUCCAUGGAACGGAGUAUGUCUGUCUUGAUCGGCGACCAGAAAGCAUUGCAGGUAGCGAAAACGUAGAUGACAAGAACUUCCUCUUUUUUAUAGAAGCGAUAUGUCAGUCUGGGCUCGAAAGCCCUCCGUAUGAAAACGGACGUGAAUUGCUUGUGUUGUUUGUUCUGUGUAGCAUUAUUCGUGCCGGCGACACAAUGGAUAUAAUUCACAAUAAAGUCUUUUCUAACGUUG